UAUCCCAGGAAGCACCGCGGCUAGACAAGUUCCGGCGAGACGUGAUACAUUGGGUCAUUUGGAGGAACAGUCAGUUACUGGACGGACUUAUCUACACCAACGUUUAUCGAACACUAUGCUGCUUCGUAAAGUGAGCCGGUCCUCCGCGCUGUGCGGCUCCAUUCUCAGGAUUCCUCCCGUGCUGUCUGGAGGUCAGCGACAUGCCGGGGCCGUCAUUGCGGUACAAAACAACCGUCUCUACGCGAGCCAGGCUGCGGAGGCGGUGCUGGAGAAGGAGGCAGCAGUCGGCAGUGAGACUGCCACUAAAGUGAAAAAUACGACGGUUGCUGCUGAAUCCAAAUCAUACGCUGUCAACAUUUUCAAGGGGCAGAUUGCGACUGCCCAGGUGUUCCCCUACCCCUCAGUCAUGAAUGAAGAGCAGGAGCAGUUUCUCCGAGAGCUCGUGGGGCCCGUCAACAAAUUCUUUCUGGAGGUGAACGACGCUGCCAAGAACGAUGCCCUGGAGAAGGUGGAAGAUCAGACCAUGGAGGGCCUGAAGGAGAUGGGGGCCUUCGGCCUGCAGGUGCCGGCCGACCUGGGCGGCCUCGGCCUCUCCAACACACAGUACGCCCGGCUGGUUGAGAUCGUCGGCACCUAUGACCUCGGCGUCGGCAUCACUCUGGGCGCCCACCAGUCCAUCGGCUUCAAGGGAAUUCUGCUCUUUGGGAAUCCAGCCCAGAAGGAGAAGUACCUGCCGAAGCUCGCCACGGGUGAGACUAUAGCGGCCUUCUGCCUCACCGAACCAGCCAGCGGCUCCGACGCCGCCUCCAUCAAGACCACAGCUGUCCAGUCCCCCUGCGGGCAGUACUUCACUCUCAGUGGGAGCAAGAUCUGGAUCAGCAAUGGAGGUCUGGCUGAGAUCUUCACCGUGUUCGCCAAGACGCCCAUGAAGGAUCCCAAGACCGGGGAGAUGAAGGACAAGAUCUCUGCCUUCGUGGUGGAGAGGAGCUUUGGAGGAGUGACUAGUGGCCCUCCAGAGAAGAAAAUGGGCAUCAAGGCGUCCAACACAGCCGAGGUCUACUUUGAUAAUGUCCGCGUGCCAGCCGACUGCCUGCUGGGCGAGUUGGGCGAGGGCUUCAAGGUGGCCAUGAACAUCCUGAAUAACGGGCGCUUCGGCAUGGCGGCCGCCCUCUCCGGCACCAUGAAGGGAGUCAUCAACCAAGCUGUGGAUCACGCAGCCAACAGAACCCAGUUUGGGAGCAAGAUCCACAACUAUGGAGUCAUCCAGGAGAAGAUGGCUCGCAUGACCAUGCUGCAGUACGUCACUGAGUCGAUGGCCUACAUGAUCAGCGGCAACAUGGACAGCGGAGCCAAGGAGUUCCAGAUAGAAGCGGCCAUCAGCAAGAUCUUUGCCUCUGAGGCAGCGUGGAGCGUGACUGACGAGUGCGUUCAGGUCAUGGGUGGCAUGGGUUACAUGAAGGACGCUGGAGUGGAGAGAGUGAUGAGGGAUCUGAGAAUCUUCCGGAUCUUCGAGGGAACCAACGACAUCCUGAGGCUCUUCGUGGCGCUCAACGGCUUCCAGAACGCUGGCAACCAGUUGAAGAGCUUACAGAAGGCCCUGAAGAACCCCAUCAGCAACGCCGGGUUGCUCGCUGGGGAACUCACCAAGAGAGCCAAAAGAAAGGCCGGUCUGAGCACAGGUCUGACGCUGCAGGGAACCGUACAUCCUGAGCUGGCCCACAGCGGAGAACUGACCACUAAGGCCAUCGAACAGUUUGGAGCGAUCACCGAGGAGCUGCUGAUCAAACACGGAAAGAAGAUCAUUGAUGAACAAUUUGUCCUGAGCAGAGUGGCGGACUGUGCCAUCGACCUGUACGCCAUGGUGGUGGUCCUGUCCAGAGCUUCACGCUCUCUGAGUCAGGGCAGUGCCUCAGCUCAGCAUGAGAAGAUGCUGUGUGAGACCUGGUGUGUGGAGGCCCACGAGAGGAUCAUGAGUAACAUCAAGAGCCUGAGCUCCGGUGAGUCCAGACAUCUCUUCAGGAACCUGAGGGCCAUCUCUGCUGCCGUGGUGGAGAACGGGGGAGUGGUGGCUCCUCACCCUCUGGGCUUCUAAACCCCCCCCCCCCCCCCCCCCCCC